CACACAUUUUCUCGGAGCACCUUUCGUAUAGCACCAUUGAAGAUUAAAAAACAUGGCCCAGAUACUUGUUCUAGCUGUGGUCGUCAGUAUAAUGCAUUGUAUCGGAGGGACGUAUUACGGCAAUCCAAGAGAACCAAGAACUGAGAUAAUCUGCGAAAACAACAGAGAAACACUAAAUUGCCCGCCGGGUUUAAAUCUCAACAUUUUGUCGGCGAAUUACGGUAGGACUAACAGAGGAACCUGCCACAAUCCAUACAUACUCACUGAUAACUGCCGGGAACCAAGGAGCCUGUCGAUUGUUAAGCGAUGCUGCCAGGAUAAAAAGUCGUGCACUCUUGAAGCCACCAACUCUAUAUUUGGAGACCCCUGCUUCGGUACCUACAAGUAUCUGGAGGUCCGCUACAAAUGCGACGGCUACUAAGGCAUUACGGACACAUUCCGAAUUGGCGUAAACCUUGUGAAAUGGUUUACAUCUCGCGCUGUUUCUGAAAAUUUAAAUAUUUACCUAUUUUAACAAGCCAUAACUUAUAAAGAUUAAAUAACAGUCAUUUUGGUAGUUCUUGUCAAUUAGCUGAAAGUACGUAACAUUGACACUGUAUAUUUCAAAUCAAGCGAACCCCAUGGGUGUUUGUUCUCAACAUACGCCCCGUAGUAGAGUCAUCCUUCCAAUCCUGUCAUGACUAGUAUCCUGAGAAAAACAACAUUUUUAUCAGAGACAUUACGUUUCUUUUAAUAAUCCUUCGUAAUUGCAAAACAU